UAGAAUCUCAUGAUCUUUUACUGUUUACACAAAAAUUUUGUCGGGUCAAGUUAAUUUCUCAUGAUCUUUUACUGUUUACACAAAAGGCGAUUCAAAUUUCAAACGCCCGCUGACUUUCUUCUUAGUCCACACUCGAACUAGCCUUCAUUCAUUCAUCCACAAGAGGUUCGAACGCUUUGAAACCUCAACCCCAAGAAUAGACACGUUUCGGAGGAUUCCAGGGUAGGGUGGCACUGUGUUGAAAUUGCAAUCCAUGGCAAAAGGAAAUAAAACUAACAGCUAUGAAGAGGCUCGUAAGCAACAACUCUUGGACAACAAGAAACGCUUUGAGGAUUUGGGGAUUUUGAACAUCUCCAAAAGCUUAUCUAAUCUUGCAAAGUCAGAUAAGAAGGUUCGGGCUCAGAAAGUACAACAAAAACCAAAUGCUGCUUACAUGUUGGAACCAAGACGCUCUACACGUGCUCGAAAUCCCGUUCCAUCAUACCGUGAAAAUCUCGACGUAUUAGAACUUCCAUCUCUGCGGAAGAGGUCUAGGUUUAGCUCUUCAUGGGCAAGCUAUCUGGCAAGACCAAUAGAAGAAGUCAGAGUGGCAUCAUAUGAAGAAAGAUCCCAAGCUUUUAAGGCUGCAGAGAAACUCCAAAGCAAUCUGCAGUCUGGAAAUCCAUCCUUUGUCAAAUCAAUGGUUCGCUCUCAUGUCUAUAGCUGUUUCUGGUUGGGUCUUCCUACCAGAUUUUGUGAUGAUCAUCUACCCAAGUCAACAGUGGACAUGGUGCUAGAGGAUGAGGAAGGAGCUGAAUUUGAUGCCAUAUUCAUCAGCAAGAGAACUGGGCUUAGUGGGGGAUGGAGAGCAUUUGCACUGGAACAUAAGCUUGAUGAUGGUGAUGCUUUAGUUUUCGACUUGGUUGAACCUACAAAAUUCAAGGUGUAUAUUGUUAAAGCAUCCCACUCUUCAAGUCAGGUCAAUGAGAGUGAUGAAGGAGAAGGAGAAGAAGGAAAAGAAGAAGGAAAAGGAGGAGAAAGUGAUGAAGAAAAAGAAACCAAACAUAAGCCUGCCAAAAUGGGAAAGAAAAGAGGCCGUCCAUCAAAAUAGUCAUAUUGUGGAGUAAAGUAGGUUAGAUCGUGGACCGCUAUCAUGUUGAAGCCAUUGUAGAAUAUGACAACAUGCAGUUUGUAGAUUUAUUUAUAUCUAUUAGCUGUAAAGGAGGGUUAAUCUUAAUGCUCCCCUCAACUUUUGUAACCACUGGUGCGGAUAGAUCCUUUUGUAUUAACAAGUGUAAUCGUAAUGUGGGGGGUGGGGGACUAAACCAGACUAGGUCCGUUUGGUUUUGAACUAUAAACAGACAACCCUUUUGGUAUGAAUUUAAAUUAAUGGUAAUGUUUUU